UAAUUAUAAAUUUUGUGACUUUUGUAGUUAUCUUCAUCUGAUGGUGCUUUAUUAGCAAGACAUGUAUUAUUAAAAUCUGAAAUUCCUAUUGAAAAACCUGCAUUAAGUGUUAAUCGGUUAUGUGGAUCAGGAUUCCAAUCAAUUGUCAAUGCUGCUCAGAGUAUAACAAGUGGAGAAUCUGAAAUAGUACUAGCAGGUGGUGCAGAAAAUAUGAGCCAGACGCCUUUUGUAGUAAGAAAUGUUAGAUUUGGAACAAUGUUGGGCCAAAAAAUAGAUUUUGAAGAUGCGCUGUGGGUAGGCUUAGCUGACAGUUACUGCAAUUUGCCAAUGGGCGGCACAGCGGAGAAAUUAGGAGCCAAAUAUGGAGUUACAAGGGAAGAAGUUGAUCAGUUCGCUUUACGGAGUCAGCAACGUUGGAAAGCCGCCAAUGACGCGGGUUACUUCAAAGCUGAGAUGGCACCAGUUUCAAUGACCAUAAAGAAGAAACAAAUUGAAGUGUCUGUCGACGAACACCCUCGCCCACAAACUACAAUUGAAGAUUUGAAAAAAUUACCUGAAGAAGCUAUUAAGAAACACAAUCUGAAACCUCUAGCCCGCUUGUACGGAUAUACAACCGUCGGCGUUGACCCUAGUAUCAUGGGAAUAGGACCAGCACCAGCGAUUAAGCAUCUUUUGAAGCUAUCUAAAAAAACUCUCAAUGAUCUAGAGCUUGUUGAAAUUAACGAAGCUUUUGGGGCACAAACUCUGGCUUGUGUCAAGGAUUUAGGCCUUGAUAUUAACAAGUUGAAUGUCAAUGGAGGUGCUAUUGCUCUUGGACAUCCUUUAGGAGCUUCUGGGUCUCGUAUUACGGCCCACAUAAUUCAUGAAUUGAGACGAAGAAAUGCAAGUAAAUUUGCUAUUGGAGCAGCUUGUAUCGGCGGAGGUCAAGGAAUAGCUUUAUUGAUAGAAGCACUUUAA